AUGACGACCCGGACCAACGAGCAGGUUAUUGCUGAACUCGGCUGGACGAGGAAGGUUUUGCGCGACAUUACUGGUGUGACGCCGAUAUACUGGCGUCCGCCGUUCGGCGACAUCGAUGACCGUGUGCGUGCGAUCUCCAUUGCCAUGAACUUGAAACCGAUUAUCUGGACACGCAUCAAUGCGACAAUGGACUUCGACACUAACGACUGGGGCAUGAUUGGAGGCUCGUCGACAGCUAUCUCUACUCUGGACAAGUGGAAUGAAAUUAUGAAUGUUGAAGCCAACAUCAGUACUGGGUUCAUUGCCCUGGAACACGAUCUUUUCGAGCAGACGGUCGACCUUGCUGUUGGAUACAUUCUCCCGGAGGCCCUCGCACACCAACCAAAGUUCAACAUGACGCCAAUUGUUGAGUGCCUCGACAUGCCGCUUGCGAACGCCUAUCUCGAGACUAACGACAACUCAACCAACCCACCUCCGCUAACUGCGUACCUCGCCAACAGAACGAUUCCUGGGACGACACCCCCUGCCGGGUCGUCAAACUCGACAGGAUCCAGUGGCGGAAAUCCCAGCGCGAGUGGGAGCUCGGAUGGGAGCUCGGGUGGUUCGCCUGGAUCAUCAGAAAAGAGUGGUGCAUCAAGUAUGAUGGCGGUCGGACCUGCUCUGCUUACAGCCGCGCUCGGUGUGGUUGGGAGUGUCGGUGCCAUUUUCCUCUAA